AUGGAGGUGGCUACCAAUACACCGCACCUGGUGAGCCUCGGCACCGGCCGGCUGAGCACCGCUGUCACCUUACAUCCCAUCAAGCAAGGUCGCGUGACAAUAGGCUCGGACCCAACAUGUGACAUCUACGUGGUGGGGACAGGGGUGGCGAGCGUGCACUGCCGCGUGGAGAAUUCACACGGGGUGGUCACUUUGUACCCCAUCAGUGGUAGCACGCUACUCGACGGGUUACCAGUUGACAAGCCGACGCGGCUUUCGCAGGGUAGCAUGCUCACCAUCGGCCGGUCCAACUACCUCCGCUUCAACCACCCUGAGGAAGCCAUGCUGAUGAAGUCUGUGCUACCCUCCGCUCACGUAUCCAUGGCGCCAAUACAGUUUCAACCCAACGAGCACUGCAUCACGGGUUAUGUCACUCAUCACUCAGAAUCUACCAACCAAUGUUACCAAACCACCAACAUACAACAAUUAUAUAAAGAUAACAGCCUCACACAACUGGACCAUGAAUUAGACCUAACUCUCAAAGAAAUGUCUAGAAAAAAACCACCGGUAGCGCCUAGGAAACCUUACAGAGAUCUAGACCAAUCCGAUUCUAAUUCGGACCAAGAGUCCAGACCGAAAGUGUCCAGUAUUAUGGCCAAGGUGUCCAAGUUUGAAUAUUACGCGAAACAGCAGAAAGUGGGCCGAAGUCAAUUUUACACUUCCAAUGAAAAUGAAAUAUCUCCUAAAGUAUUUAGUUCGAAUUCUUUAACAGUCAACACACCGGCAAAGGAUGUGUUAGGUGGUAAAAAUGUACCCAACUACAUAAACAGAAGCAUGCAAGAACAAAAAGUCAUACAAGUGAAUGAUAACAAUUUGGAUCCUAAGAACUGUUCUUAUGCAAACGUAGCAAUAAGGAAUAAAAAUAAAAUUGACGAUAUAGUUAGAAAUUUUGAUGAUAAUACACGCAGUGAUUACAAUAGAUUACCCAAGAAAGUUAACAACGAUCAACAAAUUAAAAGUGAUAAUGUUUAUGGAAGAAUAAAUGUGAAACAAGAACAAAAUGAGAAGAAUAAUAUUGAAACAUAUAAGAAUAAUAUAGAAACUUGUAAGAGUGUAGUUGAAGCUAAAAAUAAUGUUGAAUCUUUUAAGAAUAAUGUUGUAGUUGCUCGAAUAGAAAAUGAUAUGGAACAAUCUAGAAAUGAUAUGUAUGGGAGGUUGUGUGAUAGAAAUGUUGGUGCUUCGAAACCUAUAAACGUUCCUUCACCAGCGUAUGAUAGAAACCCACAGUAUUCACCAGUUUACGCCAAUUGCCAGUACGACAGAAGUUUGGAAGCUGAAAGUAAAAGGAUGAGGGCAUACCAGGAUAGAAUAAAAGAAGAAGAGCAGAAGGUAGCUGAAACAGCGCGGCUGGAAGAGAUCCUAAACAUGUGCGCUGAAUACGAACGACAAAUCGCCACAGGUACCCCAAUAACACCCACAGAAAAAAGGUCGCACAAUAAAAUCAUAACCAACGGAUCUCUGCCACGUAGCGUCGCUCUCAACAACCCUAAUUUUGUUCAAACCAGUGAGGGAUAUUAUAAAUUUGAUACUAGUCACAACCGCAACAACACUCAAAACAAAUCACUUCCAACGCAAAGGAACUUGUCUAGCUACGAAAAUAUCGACGUUUCCCAGACAGAACAAAAUACACCAGAAGUUACAAUUAAAAAUCAUACUAAAAACGUUGGUCGUAUGGAUGAAAUUGGUAUACCAGUAUUCGAUGACACACACGAGUUAUCUAGUCCUGUAAUGAUAAGAAAAAUGAACAACCAAGGUGAGAAUCGAGUAGCAGUCUCUUCGCCUGUAGGCAGCCCUUACGAAAAUAUGUAUUACAAUAGGAAUAAUGUAUAUGGUAAUUUAAAACCGAAAUCUCCAAAUACGCAAAGUCCAAGGACUCGAAUAAAGACAACUUUCGCUCAUAAGAAUUUGCCAUCUCCACAGUAUUUCAUUUUUCCUACUCCACCGCCUAAAGAAAAUAGCAAUAUACCGGACUUCGAUACAAGAGAAGUAUCUCCAAAAGCAACUUAUUCAAAAGACAUAUUAAUAGAGACAUCUCCAAAACAGACAAUUUCAAAAGAAAAUAGUCCAUUUGAAUCAAAAAGCGAAGUUAAAUUUGGAGGAAUCGAAAAACAACUUAGUCUUGAAGAAGAAAUACCAAUGAUCGAUGAUUCAGAUUUAACAAAUGAUAUAGAAUUUAGGUAUUCUAAAGUUAUCGAUAAAGAAGACGAAACUUCAUCUGUCCAAGAACCUAAAGAUUCUAAGCCCAGCACACCAAAAGAAGAAACAACUGCAAUCAUCGAAGAAAGCAAUCUCAGAAAAAAUCAAAGUUUCGAUGAUGUCAAAAAAGAACUAAUGGCAGAUAUACCAGAAUUAGAAGAGUUUGAAAAUGACUUAAAACAAAACAAAGAAGAAAAGCUAAUGAAACAUAUAACUGAAGAUAUCAGGAAAAUCGACAUAGAAGCAGAUUCGCUUGAAAGUACAGUAUUAGAUGACAAUGUUGAAGAAUUGAAAAUGAAAUAUGAAAGUUUAAGAGAAGACCGGAAAAAAUACGUUGCGGAAAUACACGAGAUCAAAUGUAAGAUGUCGGAAAUCAGAUCACAAGAGGAUGAAAUCUUAAGAGAAUUGGAAAUGGAGAAAGCUCUUAUCAAAGGCGAGUACGACUCAGAAAUAGCAAUACUGAACAUAGAACAAAAGAAAAAAAUGGAACUGCUGGAAAAUGCCAAAAAGAUAGAAGAAGAGAUCAAACAACUGAAAGAGAAGCAGGAAUGUCGGCAAAAUGAAAUGAGAGAUAGAGUAGAUAUUGCUACUACGAAAGUGGAGAGAUUAGAAAAAGACCUCAAAGAUAACACAGCAACUUUAGAAGAACUACAAAAUGCUCAAGACAUCCUUGACAACGAAAGUAAAAUGUUCGAAGACUUAGAAUUUCAGCAUUUAGAAGAAGAGUCUGAAUUAUUGGCAAACAGAGAAGACCUCCAAAAUGACAUAAUACUACUAUCGAAAAAGAUUGACGCUCAGAAAGCUCGUAUACUUACACUAAAAUCCGAAGCUAAUAGCAAUCUUACAUCCGCCUUAGAUGAAACUAAAGUCUUACGAGCCGAAUACGUCCGCCUACUUAACAAAGUUGAGGAUUUAACCAGCAAAGUGCAAGGUUUGGAAAAAGAAUUGAAACCUAUACUAGCUAAACUUAAUUAUAUAGAACGAACGCAGUCUCCAGAUAGUGCAUUUUUCACUGACAUAACGAGGGCAAAGUCUGGCGAAUUUGGGUAUUCACCACAAAGCUCAGAUAGUGACGAUCUCGAUCUUACGAAAAUAUCCGAGGAACACACGAAACAAUUAAAAGACAAGUUCAACUCUAUAGAUCGAAUGUCCCAAUCUAUGAUUGUGGAUAUCGAGAGGAGAGUUAUUGGUGACGUUGUCGAUGUAGAGGAAAGAAUCAGCGAAAGUCCGUCUAAAUCUUCUACUUCUUCUAAAGAGAAGAAAGGAUUUUGGGAGAGGAAUUUCGAUUCGCUUAAACGUAAAAGUAAAAAGCAGAAAUCACCUGAAAAAGUUGAUAUCAUGUCUCAAAGUUUAAAUGAAAAUAUUUUCUAUAAUAAUGAGAAUAUAGAGAAUGAUUUGGAUAAAUUUAAUAGUUUGAGAAAUUCUAAGAAAGAAAAGAAAGAGAAGAAAGACAACGGUCCUGUCAAAAGCAAUUCGUCAUCUAAGAUACCAACCUUUGCUGCGUUAGGUAAAAUUAUUAAGAAAGAUUCGUUUGGAAGAAAAUCUCGAGAGAAUAGCGUUAGCAAAACAGAGGAUUCGGAAAAAGACGGUAAGACUUCUAAUUGUACACGAUAUGUUAAGAAUGCUAAACCCGUUAUUAGUGAUAAUAAAUACGUUAAAGCGAAAUCAUUAUCUCCCGAUAAAUUGGGUAAAGAAGGAGAUUGUAUCAAGGAAGAACAAUUAGAGGAUGAUGCAAAUAAUCAGAAAAACAAAGUCACCUUUGAUAGUUUAAUUCGUAAAAAUUCCUCAGGUAAUCCACUGGACAGUCCGGCUAAAGUUUUGCACAGAAAAAGUUGUGGAGACGAACCGAACAAUAAAAUAUUGACGGAAUUUCAAAAAAUCUCUGAUUCAGGAAAGAUUCCCUCUCAAGAUGAUAUAGAUAGGAUUUCAAAAGUGACCAUAGAUGCGCCAUUACUUUCAAGUGACACGGAUAUGAAUUCGCUGGGGAAGAAAACGCUCGAUAGUUUAAUGGAGAUUGAGAGAAAGAGGCUAGAAAUAUUGGAAGAGCAAGGUUGUCAACUAAUAGAGAAUGAAAGAGAGAAGAUAUCAGAACUAAAACGAAGAGUGCAAGACGAGACGAAGAAACUCUGGGACCAGAAAAACAGAUCUGAACAAUCCAAGUCCUUCGACAGCGAUCACUGUCAAAGUCUGCCGCCGCUUGACAGCCAAGCUGACAGGUCGAUGACUAGUGACAAGUCGUUUGACAGGCCUGUCAUUGAAGAUACCAGUUUGAUGGAGCAGUCGUACUUGAUGAACUAUCCCAGCUUCUUUGAAGACAGUUCUGGUUUGAUGUCAUCGUCUAUAGAAGAGUGGUAUUCUGAUGUAGAUAAUGCUAUUUUGGACUGUUAUAAGACUUCUGCGUUAGGUCGUUAA